AUGUGUAUUCUGCAAAAGAUUCCGGGGGAGCGCGAUUUCGCGAAGCCGGCGGACGCGGCGUAUUUCGUGGCGAUCAGCGCGACGACGGUGGGGUACGGGGACAUGUCGCCGAAGACGGACGAGGGAAAGGUGUUCGUGAUGGUGCUGCUCGUCACGGGCGUCGCCAUCGCGGGGGUGGCGAUGACGAAGGUUACGGAUUGGAUUUUAAAGGCGCAGGAGCGCGCGAUGAACGCGGUGAUGGAACGUUCAAAGGCGCGCAUGGCGGUUGAUAUGGCAAAGUUGCGCGCGCAGGAACGCACGUUCAGGGCGAAGCAGCUGUCUCCGCUCGCGCGAGCGUUGGUCGCCAUCGCCGUCGUCGUCAUUCUGGGCGCCGUCGUGAUGCAUCGACUCGAGAAUAUUAGCUUUUUAGACGGGUGUUAUUGGUCCAUCGUCACCAGCACGACCGUCGGAUACGGUGACGUGACGCCGAAGACGCAGAGCGGGAGGAUUUUCGCCUCGUUUUACUGCUUCAUCACCGUCGGCGUCAUGGCGUGGGCCAUCGGACAAAUAGCGAGCUCGAGCGUCGAGUCCCAAGUCGAGAAACACGCCCAACUGAAGGCGUUUAAACUCACCCCCGAGUGGCUCGCCGCGCAAGGAGGCGAUAAGGGUUACGUGGACGAGUUUGAUUUCGCAAAGGCGAUGUUAUUAGCCAUGGGCAAGUGCGAACAGAGCGAUUUCGACACCGUCGCCGCUCGAUUCAACGAGCUCGACGUCAACGGCGAUCGCACGCUCGACGCCAAGGACUUGCUCGGCGCGUAA